AGGCGUUCACGACGCCCGACGACGCGUCGAUGACUCCGUCCUGACGCCAGACAUGGAAUUUGGCCGCGGGGCAGAUUGAGGCAAAGCACCGCCGCGCGCGACCUCCUGCACGCGGGGUAGGCGUACUGCUCGUCGCAGACGCUUUUGUAGACGACGUGCAACGUGUGCGCUUGGGAGCCUCGCUGCGCAGGGCCCUAGCAGCUAGGCUUGGACCUCAGCUGCACAAAGAAGAAGGGGCGCCGCGGCGUAGGGGCACCUCUUAAAAAAAGCUGCAAAGAUGUGGGCCGCGCGCCAAGCCGCGAGGACCCUGUCCCAAGCGGCCCGACCCAUCGGCGCCGCCGCGACGGCCGUCGCCGCCGGCGCCGUCGCGUCCUGCAACGAGGACCACAUCGGGGCCCAGGAAUUACAUUGGUCCAACCAUGGGGCACUAGCAGCAUUGGACGCCAAGUCCGUAAGGCGAGGCUUCCAGGUCUAUAAGGAGGUCUGUGCUUCGUGCCACUCGGUCGAACGACUGGCCUUCCGCAAUCUGGUCGAGUACGGCGCCUGGUCCGAGGAGGAGGUCAAGGCCAUGGCCGAGGAGGUGGAGAUUGUGGAUGGGCCCAACGACGAGGGCGAGAUGUUCGAAAGGCCUGGGAAGCUGUCGGACUAUAUGCCCGGGCCGUACGCGAACGAGGAGGCCGGCCGAGCGGCCAACAACGGCGCCUUACCUCCAGACUUAUCACUCAUCGUCAAGGCGCGGCACGGCGGCGCGGACUACAUCUUUUCUCUACUUUCUGGAUAUUGUGAAGCCCCAGCCGGCAAGGCCAUGCUUCCUGGUCUGUAUUACAACCCCUACUUCGCGGGCGGCGCCAUCGGCAUGCCCGCACCGCUCAUGGACGAGCAGGUCGAAUACCCCGACGGCACGCCGGCCACGGUCUCGCAGAUGGCGAAAGAUGUGGCAGUGUUUUUAGCUUGGGUCGCCGAGCCCGAGCACGACGAGCGCAAGAAGGGUGGCUUCCGGUGGAUCACGGCCUUGGGGCUGGCGGCGCUGGUCGCCGGGUAUACGAAACGCUUCCGCUGGGCGAACCUCAAGGCGCGCAAGAUCACGUACCAGUUCUGAGCUUGUCCGUCCCUCUCCCCCCUGACGUCUAACGGACUUAGUAUAUAGACACUUGCGUCGAUGGCGUAUAACGGGAGAUUCGAGGAGGUAUGUGAAACGAGUGGGGCGAGAU